AUGCCAGAGGGCCCCUCAGUGAGGAAGUUCCAGCUGCUGACCUCCCCUUUUGUGGGGCAAGUGGUGGUCAAAGUGGGGGGAAGCACCCGGAAGAUCAACGUGAAUUACCUGAAUUCCCUGAGGCUCCAAGAUUCCCAGGUUCAUGGGAAGAAUUUAUACCUGGCAUUUGUGGCAUCUAAAGGUCCCUUAGGACCAACUGCAGGAGAAACAGGACUGCAAAGAGAGGCUGCUAGCGGAGCAAGUUCUGCCCAGGUUUGUGCUUCAGAGGAACAGCCUCAAGCUGAAGAGCUGCUGGAACUUCAGAACUCAAGAUCUGAACCUCCAGAUGGAGCAGAGGGUCCCAGCAAUUGGCUGCACUUCCACUUCGGUUUGUUUGGCAGCAUUCGGGCAAAUGAGUUCUCAAGAGCAAACAAAGCCAAUAAGAAGGGGGACUGGAAGGAUCCUGCACCCAGGCUGGUUCUGCCACUUCGAGAGCGGGGGUUCCGGUUUUUCUACAACUGCCGCAUGCAGUGGAUCUCCUCUCCACGGGCUGAUCCUGCUUCUGACAUCCUCUCCGUGGAAUUCCACCGUGGGCAGGCACUGGAUGCUCUCCGUGCACCCCGGCCCAUCUGCUACACCCUCUUAGACCAAAGAUAUUUUUCAGGGCUGGGCAACAUCAUUAAGAAUGAGAUCCUCUACCUGGCCAAGAUCCAUCCCUUAACCCCAGGCUCCCUCUUGGCUCUCUCGGAUCUGGAGCAGCUCCUCGACUGUGCUGUUCAGUUCAGCUCUGCCUGGCUGCACAGCAAGUUGAGGGGUGCAGGGCUGCACCCUCAGAUCUACCAGAAGGAGCAGUGUCCCCUGGGGCAUGCAGUGACAAAGGGAACCCUUGGGCCCUUAGGUGGCCUUAAGAGACUGACCUGGUGGUGUCCCCAGUGCCAGCCUGAGGUGCUGCCAGGGGAUGGGGAUCCCCCUCCUGUCACUGAGUGACCUGGCUCUCUG